CUCCCACUCCCGGGUCUUUGUCUUCUCGGGCAAGCUGGAGAAGGCAUUGGGCCGGGCUGUGUACGGGAGCGGUGCCCCGGUGGGAGCGCCCUGGCAGCGGCCGCCCUGGGGCUGCGAGAUCCGCCGUUGCGUGAACCUGCUGCUUCCGAGUUACCCUCUGGCUAUCAUCUUUCCUCUCUCCCUCCUGAGCUGUGUAGGACAGCUGGUCAUUGUUUUAGUGAUGUGUAGUAGUGUUUUCAGUGAUGAUUGGGUACCCUUCCCUGACGAUCUGAUGAGCACCACACCUGCUUGUCUGCUUGUCUGACUCUCCUGCCCAUGAAAUCGGAAAUUUCACACGUCUCAAACGGAACUCUUUUUCAGUCUCCUGCAUAACCUAUUCCUCCCUUAGUCAUCCCCCUUUCAGGAGGUGGCACCAUCCAUCUGAUCGCUGAAUCCAGAAAUGUAGAUUACUUCCCAGGAAAUAAAUUGUAAAGAAGCUGCCUGUUACUGCACAAAACCAGAUGCCUUCUUCCACUUCACCAAACCAAGAUGACCCAGAGGGCUGUAUUUUAAGAUUUGCAGAUCUGGAUUUAAAAGACACAGCUGUUAUCAAGCCUACUAGCAGUCUCAAAGCAGAGUUAGAUAUCAUUACCAAGAAGAAAUACUCAUUUGAAAAGAAAAAGGCAUUUGCUGUUUUUGUCAAGACCAAAGAAAUUCCAGCACCUUCUUUUGAAUGUAAAGAGAAACAGUGGAAAUGCUGUCAGCAACUAUUCAUGGAUCAGACCAGCAUCCACAGACAUGUGGCAACACAGCAUGCUGAUGAAAUUUGCCACCAGACUGCUUCUGUUCUAAAGCAGCUGGCUGUGACCUUGAACAAUCUUAAGUCUGCAGAGGAAAGGAACCCUCUAAAAGAACACCUUACUGGUUACCAUGAUGUAGCUCCCUGGCUCCCUGAUAUAAGCUGCUUUAGCCCUGGUGAUCUGAAGUGUGACCAGGGCAGUGAAGAAGGAGAGGUACUUCUUUACUACUGCUACUGUGAGCUGGAGGAUCCCCACUGGGUCUGUGCCUGGCAGACAGCUCUGUGUCAGCACCUGCACCUCACGGGCAAAGUUCGAAUUGCUACAGAAGGAAUUAACGGGACAGUUGGUGGAAGCAAAUUAGCCACCAGACUCUAUGUGGAAGUCAUGCUUUCCUGCCCAUUGUUUAAGGAUUAUCUGUGUAACAAUGAUUUUAAGACCAGCAAAGGAGGAGCUUGCUGUUUCCCAGAAUUGCGUGUUGGUGUAUUUGAAGAAAUUGUGCCCAUGGGGAUCAGUCCUAAUCAGAUCUCCUAUAAGAAACCUGGAAUUCAUUUAUCCCCAGGUGAAUUUCAUAAAGAGGUAGAAAAGUUUUUGUCUCAGCAAAAUCAAGAACACAGUGACACUAUUCUACUGGAUUGCAGAAACUUCUAUGAAAGCAAAAUUGGACGAUUCCAGGGCUGCUUAGCCCCAGACAUCAGAAAAUUCAGUUACUUCCCUGACUAUGUUGACAAAAAUCUAGAACUUUUCAGAGAGAAGAGGGUACUAAUGUAUUGCACUGGGGGCAUUCGUUGUGAACGGGGUUCAGCCUACCUCAAAGCCAAGGGUGUGUGCAAGGAAGUGUUCCAGCUCAAGGGUGGCAUCCACAAGUACCUGGAAGAGUUUCCUGAUGGUUUUUACAAAGGGAAGCUGUUUGUUUUUGAUGACCGUUAUGCCUUGUCCUACAACAGUGAGGUAGUGUCAGGAUGUUCAUACUGCCGGGCCCCAUGGGACCAGUAUAAACUCUGCUCUACUGCCCAGUGCCGCCAGCUCGUCUUGAGCUGCACUGCCUGCCAAGAGCAGGGAUUCACAGCCUGUUGUGUCACGUGUCAAGACAAAGGGUGCAGGCCGACUUCGGGCUUUAAAGAGGAAUGUGAGUGCACAGCCCGACGACCGCGCAUUCCCAGUGAACUUUCUCAGCAGACACGGUGCCCUGUGAGCCCGGAGGGUGGCCCUCACUUCCAUGAGAAGCACCAUCAGCAUUUGCCCAAGCUCUCACAGAGCUAGGUGUGGGUCAUCUUGUACAGGAGAAUAACACUUGUGCGGCAACAGAGGAGUGGGCGCUUUGGUGCUAGCUGAGGCCACUGUGGCAAACUUGUCACAAGAUUGAAUCCCUGUCUGCCCAGAAGGAGACAAGUAGGAGUGGGUGAUGACCACUUACUUGAGACGUUCUGACUGCAGAUGCCAGAGCACAGAAACGUGAGCUGUGCAGGAUCCUGAAGCUAGUGCGGGAGAGAGCCUGAUGCUGGGUUAUGCUUGUUCCGUGCCAUGCAGCAGGACUGGUAGCGGGCACUGUUCUUGUCAGCAAACCUGUCUGUCCUGGUGGGUAGCUGUGUGAAUAAAGUGUGGAAACUGUG